CCACCCCGGGCUUCUCGCUUCCCCAUUCUCCCAAUGUCCCUCUUACGGCCCACCCUCUCCGUGCCUUUCCAGCAUCUCCCCCAGCCCCCGCAGUUCCUCUGCUCCCCCGAAUUGCAGUCCGGGGGUAAAAAGCCCUAACACGUUCUCCCGCCCCUGCUCCCUGGUCCCAUUGGUUCCCUCCCCCCCUGCAGCACCUGGCCCCCUCAGGCACCCGAUUGGCCGGUGGCCCCAUCAAUCCUUGCCUGGCCUGCUGACGUCAUCCUGCAGUAGCUGGGAUGGGGUGGGAGUGAGAGAGAGAGUGAGGACGCUGGGCUUGAGAGGGAACGAGAAGCCACCGCAAGUCCCCCUCCUCAGUCUCCCAGCUUGGGGUCUGCCCAGGUCUGCUUUAUGGACUAGCGCGGGCGGGCCGGCUCCUUCCAGUCACUGUCCUGCAGCCCGCCGCCAUCCCCGUCCUCCCUGGAGAGCCCCUGCAUCCCUCCCCCGAGGUGGAAAAAACAGGCUCGUGGCUCCCAGGGGAGAGCCAUCGCCGGGUCCUGCCCUGGCCCUCGCGCACCAUGACCCUGCUGCUGUUGCCCCUGUUGCUGGCCUCUCUGCUCCCCUCCAGCUCCUGUAACAAAGCCAACAAGCACAAGCCAUGGAUCGAGGCAGAGUACCAGGGCAUCGUCAUGGAGAAUGACAACCCCGCCCUGCUGACCCCUCCGCUCUUCGCUCUGGACAAGGAUGCCCCCCUGCGCUACGCAGGCGAGAUCUGCGGCUUCCGGCUCCAUGGCUCUGGGGUGCCCUUUGAGGCUGUGAUCCUGGACAAGGCAACAGGGGAAGGGCUGAUCCGGGCCAAGGAGCCAGUGGACUGCGAGGCCCAGAAGGAGCACACCUUCACCAUCCAGGCCUAUGACUGCGGCGAGGGCCCCGACGGGGCCAACACCAAGAAGUCUCACAAGGCCACCGUGCAUGUGCGGGUCAACGAUGUGAACGAGUUCGCCCCGGUGUUUGUGGAGCGGCUGUACCGCGCAGCAGUGACGGAGGGGAAGCUGUAUGAUCGCAUCCUGCGGGUGGAAGCCAUCGACGGAGACUGCUCGCCCCAGUACAGCCAGAUAUGCUACUACGAGAUCCUCACGCCCAACACCCCCUUCCUCAUCGACAAUGACGGGAACAUCGAGAACACAGAGAAGUUGCAGUACAGCGGCGAGAAGCUCUACAAGUUCACGGUGACGGCCUACGACUGCGGGAAGAAGCGGGCGGCAGAUGAUGCCGAGGUGGAGAUCCAGGUGAAGCCCACCUGCAAACCCAGCUGGCAAGGCUGGAACAAAAGGAUCGAAUACGCACCCGGUGCUGGGAGUUUGGCCUUGUUCCCUGGUAUCCGCCUGGAGACUUGUGACGAGCCGCUCUGGAACAUUCAGGCCACUAUAGAGCUACAGACCAGCCACGUGGCCAAGGGCUGUGACCGUGACAACUACUCAGAGCGGGCGCUGCGGAAACUCUGUGGUGCUGCUACUGGGGAGGUGGACCUGCUGCCCAUGCCUGGCCCCAGUGCCAACUGGACCGCGGGGCUCUCAGUGCACUACAGCCAGGACAGCAGCCUGAUCUACUGGUUCAACGGCACCCAGGCUGUACAGGUGCCCCUUGGGGGCACAGCCGGGCUGGGCUCGGGGCCCCAGGACAGCCUCAGUGACCACUUUACCCUGUCCUUCUGGAUGAAGCAUGGCGUGACUCCCAACAAGGGCAAGAAGGAAGAGGAGACCAUCGUGUGUAACACCGUCCAGAAUGAGGACGGCUUCUCUCACUACUCACUGACUGUCCAUGGCUGCAGAAUUGCCUUCCUCUACUGGCCCCUGCUUGAGAGUGCCCGCCCAGUCAAGUUCCUCUGGAAGCUAGAGCAGGUCUGUGAUGAUGAGUGGCACCACUAUGCUCUGAACCUCGAGUUCCCCACAGUCACACUCUAUGCUGAUGGCAUCUCCUUCGACCCUGCCCUCAUCCACGACAAUGGCCUCAUCCACCCACCCCGAAGAGAACCAGCUCUCAUGAUUGGAGCCUGCUGGACUGAGGAGAAGAACAAAGAAAAAGAGAAAGGAGGAGACAACAGUACAGACACCACACAAGGAGACCCCUUGCCGAUCCACCACUACUUCCAUGGCUACCUGGCUGGUUUCAGCGUGCGCUCAGGUCGCCUGGAGAGCCGUGAGGUCAUCGAGUGCCUCUAUGCAUGUCGGGAGGGGCUGGACUAUAGAGAUUUCGAGAGCCUGGGCAAAGGCAUGAAGGUCCACGUGAACCCCUCGCAGUCCCUGCUCACCCUGGAGGGGGAUGAUGUGGAGACCUUCAACCAUGCGCUACAGCAUGUGGCUUACAUGAACACUCUGCGCUUUGCCACGCCCGGCGUCAGACCCCUGCGCCUCACCACUGCUGUCAAGUGCUUCAGCGAGGAAUCCUGCGUCUCCAUCCCCGAAGUGGAGGGCUACGUGGUGGUUCUUCAGCCCGACGCCCCCCAGAUCCUGCUGAGCGGCACUGCUCAUUUCGCACGCCCAGCUGUGGACUUUGAGGGACCUGAGGGGGUCCCCUUGUUCCCCGAUCUUCAGAUCACUUGCUCCAUUUCUCACCAGGUGGAGGCCAAAAAGGAUGAGAGUUGGCAGGGAACAGUGACAGACACUCGCAUGUCGGAUGAGAUUGUGCACAACCUGGACGGCUGUGAGAUUUCCCUGGUGGGGGAUGACCUAGACCCCGAACGGGAGAGUCUGCUCUUGGACAUGGCGUCCCUGCAGCAGCGGGGGCUGGAGCUCACCAACACGUCUGCCUACCUCACCAUCGCUGGCGUGGAGAGCAUCACAGUCUACCAGGAGAUCCUGAGGCAGGCUCGUUACCGGCUGCGACACGGAGCCGCCCUUUAUGCCAGGAAGUUCCGGCUUUCCUGCUCCGAAAUGAAUGGCCGUUACUCCAGCAAUGAAUUCCUCGUAGAGGUCAACGUCCUGCACAGCAUAAACAGGGUUGCCCACCCCAGCCACGUGCUCAGCUCCCAGCAGUUCCUGCACCGUGGUCACCAGCCUCCCCCUGAGAUGGCCGGACACAGCCUGGCUAGCUCCCACCGAAACUCCAUGGUCCCGAGCGCCGCCACGCUCAUCAUCGUGGUGUGUGUGGGCUUCCUGGCCCUCAUGGUCGUCCUGGGCCUCGUGCGCAUCCACUCCCUGCAUCGCCGCGUCUCAGGCGCUGCAGGGCCUCCGGGGGCCGCCAGUGACCCCAAGGACCCGGACCUCUUCUGGGAUGACUCAGCCCUCACCAUUAUUGUGAACCCCAUGGAGUCCUACCAGAACCGGCAGGCCCAUGUGGGCGGGGGGGGGGGGGGNNNNCAGGAGGACGAGGACAGCAGCGCCUCGGAGGCAGCUGAUUCCCCCAGCAGCGAUGAGAGACGCAUCAUCGAGACCCCCCCACACCGCUACUAAAGCCCACGCCUCUCCCAGCCGAGAGGGGAUUCUGCUCUGGUGAGACAGAGACACCCCAAGAAAAGGGAGAAGGACAUUCUGAGAGAGAAGAGGUGUGAGGGAGCGUGCUCUGCAGAACUGUCAUCCCAGGGGCCCCUGGAAUCUGCCCUGCCUCCUCCAUACCCCCCACCCCGGCUGGUCCCCCUGGUGUUCUCCUGGUGGUGGCCCUGCCCUGGCAAGGUGGCUGGCCGACCCUGGCUGCCUAUCCUGCCCUUGGGAGCUUCCUGGUCUGCUCCCCAUGUCUCUGUCUGCCCUCACCAGCCACGCACCACAUCGGGGAGGGCCGUUACCAGCCAUGGCUGGGCCAGGGUGUGAUGGAAGGAGACCUUCCGUCCACCCGUCCUACUCUCUCCCGUCCACGGGAGGCCUUGCUCCUUUGGGCUCCCUCAGCUUGGCCUUCCCUGCGUCUCUUAGACCUCUCACCUCGAUUUCCAUUUCACUCUGGGGACCCCUGCUUCUCCCCUUUACCAGUUCGGUCCCCUGGGCUCCCUUUCCCUCCUGCCCUUGCAGUCCUGGGCUCGGCCCCUUCCUCCAUGCCCUAGUGGUGACUAGGUCGUGGGUCUGGGAGAGGGCCCGGGGGCCCCGUGUAUUAUAUAUAAUGUAUAUUUUUUCAAUGUUGUCGUGAGCGCAGCCGUGUUCCCGUGUGCAGCUCACAGCCUGUGCGUGCGUGCGGCAUCGUCCUGUCCUGGGGUAGCGGGAGGGGUGGGCGUGUGAGGGAGGGGACUCAUCCUCGGGUUUUCAAAUAAAACAACCAGAAAAAGCA